CAUCCAGACAACUCUGCUGAAGUCCUCAGUUCUUUCAUCCCACCCAGCAUUCAAUUGAGCUGCUGCUGCGCUCCUGUAGCUGAGGCAACUUGUCCAUUAUCUGAGCCUCAUCAUCCAACCACAAGAUCACCAAACUGUAGGGUCUCAUCUCCUUCACGUUGUGUUUCUCAAACACUGCGUGAGAUAACAAAUUGGAAAGGAAAACCCAGAAGACAUAAGCUAAGCAAAGACUAUAUUGGUGGCCCCAGUAACUUCAAACAUCUCUGUCACAUUGGAUGGAGUCCCCAAACUGGUUUUGCUACCAGCUUAGAUCCUGAACUAAAGAUGAUCUUUGCUAAGGCUGGCAUAACGCAGGACCACCUGAAGGACAGGAGAACAUCAAAGAAGAUUUUGGAAGUAAUUGAGAAAUGUGGGGGUGUAGAAGCAGUAUUGAAAGAGGCAAAGGCGACAGGCUUAUUGAAAAAAACCCUUGACCAUCCUCUGCUUUAUCCUGCAAUGCCCACGGAGCUGGAUUGCACUUGCAGCCCAAGCAAUAAACAAGACUCCCGUAGUUUAGGAGUGAAGGAUGGAUUUAAGGAUGUACUAGCAGCCCCUAGCUCCACAUCAAAAUCAGAUGAGUCGUCUCAUUAUGUUGAUCUCCCUGCAGUUGUCAUAUCUCCAGCACCUUGCACGUCUCCUUCCAAAAGGGUAUCUCAACACAAUUUGAUCCAAAAUUUGAAGGACGUGCAGCUGAAAAAGUCAAAGAGUGACAACCGACUAACUCCUUUCACCCGCAACAUUCUAAUGAGUCGGAUCAGAAAAGGGACACAACUGAAACCAGUGGCUCAGAAUCCAACGCCUCCCAUUGAUGACGACAUAGUUGCUGCUCUUAAGGAUGUUGUUCAGAAGAGACACAAGGCAAUAUACCUUUCAGAUACUGAAGAAUCUGACUUGGAGAAUGGCGAUGAAUGGAAUGAUUAAAAUUACCAUCCUUAAGGAGAAGAAAUUAAACAUGUUAACUACUACUUGACCUUUUAAUACUUGAUUGUUUAAUACAAAUAUUUUCCAGGAUACUUGGAGAAUAUGAUAUACUUUAACUGUAGGCUAUUUAAAUACUGAAGAUGUCUAAUAUGGCACUGACAUGACUUGUCUUAGUAUUGUUUUUUAACAAUCAUGUGCAGGCUAUAAGCUGUUGCUUGAUUUUUCUUAUUUCCUCCCAGUGCUGUUUUGUUGGUGAAUGUAUUACAAAUAUAAACAGUUUCUGCUUUUAACUUUUAUUCCUGCUGAUACUCCAUUUAGUAUCUGCUCCUAGAAUACAGAUAAUACGUGUCUAAAAAUCAGUAAUAAACUGUGUUUCCAGGCUCUAGUGAAAAA